UUGGCUAGCGCUUGCUUGGCGGGCUAGGGCGGCGGCAAGGGAGGAAGAGAGAGACCGUUCCUUGUCACUAGGCAGCAAGCGCACCCUUCCAAGGCGCGCGCGAGCGUGCACGCACGGAGUUGCCUGGAAACGGGGGCGCGCGAGGAGGAGGAGGGCGAAGGAAAAGAAGUGGGGUGUUACGUGGUGACGUUAAUUCUAUAUGAGCGCGAGCGGCGGGAGCUUGGGUCUUUUUGCCGCCAGCCGCCCGGCGUUUCUGCCUCGCUCCUCCUGACUUCCUGCGAGACCCGGCCUCGCGCAGGUUUUCUGAGGUCUGAAAAUGGCAGACAUUGACAACAAAGAACAAGCUGAACUUGACCAACAAGAUAUGGAAGAUGUUGAAGAAGUAGAUGAUGAAGAAACUGGAGAGGAUGCCAACAGCAAAGCACGUCAGCUGACUGUACAAAUGAUGCAGAAUCCUCAAAUUCUUGCAGCCCUGCAAGAAAGACUUGAUGGCUUGGUUGGAACACCUACAGGAUAUAUAGAAAGCUUGCCUAAAGUAGUUAAGAGACGUGUAAAUGCACUCAAGAAUCUCCAAGUUAAGUGUGCACAGAUAGAAGCAAAGUUCUAUGAAGAAGUUCAUGAACUGGAAAGAAAAUAUGCUGCUCUUUAUCAGCCAUUGUUUGGCAAGAGGAGUGAAAUCAUCAAUGCAGUCUAUGAACCCACUGAAGAAGAAUGUGAAUGGAAAACAGAUGCUGAAGAAGAAAUCUCAGAGGAAAUGAAAGAGAAGGCCAAGCUUGAAGAGGAGAAAAAGGAUGAAGAAAAAGAUGACCCUAAAGGAAUUCCUGAAUUUUGGCUAACUGUAUUCAAGAAUGUUGACUUGCUCAGUGAUAUGGUUCAGGAACAUGACGAACCUAUUUUAAAACACUUGAAAGAUAUCAAAGUGAAGUUUUCAGAGGCUGGGCAGCCUAUGACUUUCACGUUAGAAUUCCACUUUGAACCUAACGAAUAUUUCACAAACGAAAUACUGACAAAAACAUAUAGAAUGAGAUCAGAACCUGAUGACUCAGACCCUUUCUCCUUUGAUGGACCAGAAAUUAUGGGUUGUACAGGGUGCCAAAUAGAUUGGAAAAAGGGGAAGAAUGUGACUUUGAAAACCAUCAAAAAGAAACAAAAACACAAGGGGCGUGGGACAGUUAGAACAGUGACAAAAACAGUUUCCAACGACUCUUUCUUCAAUUUUUUCAGUCCUCCUGAAGUUCCUGAAAGUGGAGACUUGGAUGAUGAUGCUGAAGCAAUUCUUGCAGCAGAUUUUGAAAUUGGUCACUUUCUACGGGAGCGCAUAGUUCCACGAGCAGUAUUGUAUUUCACAGGAGAAGCCAUUGAAGAUGAUGAUGAUGAUUAUGAUGAAGAAGGUGAGGAGGCUGACGAUGAGGAAGGGGAAGAGGAAGCAGAUGAAGAAAAUGAUCCCGAUUAUGACCCCAAGAAGGAUCAAAACCCAGCAGAAUGCAAGCAGCAGUGAAACAGUGUGUAUGUGGCCUUGAGGAUUAUCUGCACUGUAAUAGCCUAAACACAAUUAUUAGUUACUUACAGCCUUAUGUUUUGUAUCUUGGUAGAAUUAAUAAACAUUUUGUUAAAACAAACUGACAGAACCAGUUUAAAAUGUAGGUUCCUUGUACCUAGCAUUUUAAUAGUACUUUUUUGCCAAUAUGUAGAAUGCAGUAAGUUCCUAAAGCAUGAAUAGUUGAUUCAUUGCGCGCGUAUAUAUAUAUAUAUAUAUAUAUAUAUAUAUAUAUAUAUAAAUAAAAAUAAAAAUAAUAUAUAGUUUGGUUCUUGUGAAGUAUGUUGUCAUGUAGCUUAGACUGCAGCUGUGAAGAUACCAGAACUGUUGAUGGAGACCAAUAUUUGUUUAGAGAAGAUCCUUUCCUGAAGAACCAACCAAAGUAUUUCAGCCCAGUAGUUUAAAUGGGUUUACGUCUGCUUGCACUAGCUGUGCCUUCAUUACUUUGUUAUAGAAAUGGCAGUGACUCGUACUAAUUAGGAGAUGAAUGCAUUUUUGAAUUUGACUAUUUCCAUAUAAUCUGUUACAUUUCCAUCAAGAUCACAUUGAACGUUCAUUACUGUCUGCUUGUUUAUGCUCUAGGUUUUUGUAUUUUGUGAUGGUGACCUACAAAAAAACCAGACACAACAUAUUAAGGUUGUUUACCACUGGGGUGUGAAUAAACCUAGUAUUUUCAGAAA